AAUGGGUUUUGUUCCUUGAAAUUUUCAUCUUUUCUGCUUACAGGUAGGGUUUAAUAUGAGGAAAGUAACAAAAGGAAGUGUGACAAUGAAGUUAUGGGAUAUUGGUGGCCAACCAAGGUUUCGGAGUAUAUGGGAGAGAUAUUGUCGUGCUGCUUCAGCUAUUGUGUAUGUUGUGGACGCUGCCGAUAACGACAAUCUAUCCGUCUCGAGAAUAGAACUCCAUGACCUGCUGACUAAGCCAUCGUUGAAAGGCAUUCCCGUGUUGGUGCUCGGGAACAAGAUCGACAAACCGGAAGCCUUGUCUAAAGAGGAUUUGACAGAGCAAAUGGAGCUGAAAUCCAUUACUAACAGAAAAGUUUGUUGCUACAUGAUUUCAUGCAAGAACUCUACCAACAUUGAUACAGUUAUUGAGUGGCUUGUGAAGAAUUCAAAAUCAAGGAUUUGAAAUCUCGAAGUUGCUGUUACAUUGUUUCUUCUAGUUUUUUAUUAUAA